UGCACAUGGAAUCCUUCUGUUAAAAUAUUCCAUGGAAAUGACGACUGAAACACCGGUUCCGUUGAGCACUCUGGGCAAAGCAACCACCGUGUCAGCUUGUGAACAGGAUGGAUUCUAUUUGUGUCCUAGCACUGCUAUCUUCUUCGGUCUGAUUAUCUUGUGCCUUGGUAGUUGUGUAGCUUUGUUAAUAAAUGGUGUCGCGUGGACAGCUAGACAGUAUAAACCUGAUGGUAGUUUCCAAAAUGGAGACCUAGACCCAUCGUUCAACGUGAUCUCACUUGGCAUUCUUUUGUGUUAUAUACUAAUCCAUGUUUUUGGAUACAAAUGUGGAUUGAUUAGCGCCUCUUUGAGUCAGUGCCAAAAAGGGUUUAUUGCUUGUGCCGGGAUUGUAGUUUUCUGCAGCUUCCUCAACGUUUUCGUCGUAGGAUGGACUGAGGGUGUUGAUAUCAAAUUCAGAGGUUCUGCUGUCUUUUGCUUCACGUCAAUACAAGCCUUGGCCAUGAUUGGUUUCAUUAUCGCAAGCUUCAAGCUUCACUGCUUCGGAGGGUGCUACACCAGGAGCAAAAUAGUAUUUUACAUUGUAGGAAUUCUGAACAUACUCUACGGUGCUCUGUUCAUCUUAGAAUGUUUGGUAUUCUAUGAUAAUGAUAAAAAAAUGCUGUCAAUCCUACAUGACAACAAAAUUGUAGGAUGGACCCAUUAUAAAACCGUUGCACCAGUUGCCUACGUAUUGCAGGUAGCACUUUGUCUCUGUGCUUACCAGGUGUCCAUUUGUCACAUAAGAUUUACUCCUGUUGACGUUGCAUUCCUCUGUAUAGGUGGUUUGAUGGUUGGUACGCUAGUAGCAGUCACUUUUUCGGCUUAUGGCAAAGAGGUUCACGAAUACGUUGUCUACCCGCUGAUGGCACUCCACGUUAUCAUAUCCGUUGGUUUGCUGAUGCUUACCCAUCAAAAUAGGCCUCUUGCCCAAUUCGAAGGUGGUGAGCUGCUAGGCGGCUCAUCAUGGGAUGUCCUAUAUGUGGUGAUAACAGUGGAAUCCCUUGUCUGCAUUGCAGGUAGUGUAUCCACCAUUUUUGCGAAAUAUGAAAACAAACCGCCGACACCACCAGUACAGCCACAAAUCGAACGCGUUGGAGCCUCAAAACAACUACUCGGGCUCCAUAUUUAUGUAACCUUUCAACUUUUGGUAUUGACAAAGCUAAAGAAGCCUUUCAACAAAUAUUACACCGCCGACUACUUGUCCGCUAUAAUACUGGCAUUGAUCUUAGUGAUCCUACUAGUUGGAACAGCUGUGGGAUGUGGAUGGGCCAAACUAGGAUCAAUUAUUAAAGACUCGGGUCCAUCUGGAUCAUAUCUAACAUAUAAGCCUCCGGAUGUAAAAGAUUACGUUCCUUUCGCUGUAUACUUAUUAGUAGUAAUAGCAGCAUUUCUAACAUUUGGCUACAAAUGCAACAUUUUGGAAGUUUGGGGCGAUUGGAUAAGUGACAAGGCUGGAACGUACUACAAGGAAAAUCCUAAGUUGAAGAGAACCACGGAUAAGCCGUGAACAUGGUUGAUUAAUGCCUUUUGAAGAGUGCCUUUUACCAAACCAUAACUUCAUGGCACAACCCGGUAAAUAGCCAACCAAUGAGACAGAUUCAUGCAAACUGUGUUUGUUAAAUAUUCCAUGGUUGGAAAGAAAACGUCUCAGCGACAUA